GCUAAAUAUCGUGCUAGUACUGGAUCGGAGAUUAUAGGAGGUGGGAACAGCUGGCGAGAGCAUUCUACUCAGGUAGGGUGGGAGCUUCCCAGAAAUGCUCUAAUGCACAAGGCUGGAAAGAUGAAGAGUGCGUCGGGAUUCCAGCGACAGCCAGUUUAGCUCUUUUAACAUGUCACAGUGGUGGGUCGUGUAAUUACAUUAUAGCACAAAGUGGUAGAACAAGUUAUACAACAUAGUAAGUUUAUUAAGGUGGGUUUGUGGUGCAGGUGCAUACACUACAUCCCCAUAAUCAAUGACCGGCAUUAGUAUUUGUUUCCUUACUGUAGGGCUUAGGCAGGAUUUGUUUCUGUACAGGGCGCCUAGUCACGAAGAAUGAUUUGUUGGCUCUUUUAACUUUACUUCAAGGCUUAUUAAUUUUUGUUAAAAGACAGGAGAUCCCAGCUUUCAUUCUUUAAUUGUACCACUGAAGGCUGAUGACAAGGCUGAGCAUACAACACCAGGUAAUGAAUGCCAACAAUACUAAUAAUUGUGUUUUUAUUGUCUGUUUUUUUAUAAUAGGUCCAUUGGAAAACUAUUGGUAUUGUAUUAAUUUCUUUGCUACGUCAGAAUCUCUAACUCUGCACCAUGGUUCUACAAGACAGCGAGAGAGCUCUGAUUCAGACUUUCUGUGACAAGAUUGCUCCUAAGGCUGAUGCUCUGGGAGUUGAAAUUAUGGAGAGGUAACAAUUAGCAAUAUUUUAUUUUACCCCUUGCAUGUGGUGAUCCAGGAGUGUCACCGUUUAUACAUCUGUAAGUCACCGCAGUUCCAACGCGGAGGCUACUCAAUUGGAAUAUUUCCCAGAAGUCAGUGUCAGGGGAAAGGCAGGGCUUGCAAAGGCUGAAGACAGUUCUUUUCGUUUUUUAUUUAGCAGAACUCUUGCGACUUGUUUUUUGCUCUUUUUAGCAGAAUACACACGAUUUUACAGAACUUCUACCUCUCUCCGCUUUCUAACAUGACAUAUUUUAUAUCCAAUAAACUCUUGUUGUCCAUUGUGAUAAAACUUGCUUUUUCCCCCAUUAGGUAUGCCAAUGCCUACCCACAAAUCACUGAUUACUUUAAAAAACCUGAUUCAUCCAUCAACAAGCCUGUUAUGAUAGGUCAUGGGGGCAAACUACUGAUUUCUUUCGGAGAUGCCAUCAAAAACUAUGACAACCUCAAAUGCUCAUUGGGGAGCCUCACUGACUUGCAUCUGAAUACACAUAAUGUGUCACGGGAACCCUACAAGGUAAGAACCCUUAGGUAGGGACACUCGAAGCACCAGAGCUUACAAUAAGUAAUACAUAGCACAUGGUCUUAUUGAACAUCACAUCUUGCAACUGCAGUGGUUCAUAAAAAUUGCAGCAUUAUUUGCUGCAGUAUGAGCCCACCCCACAGCGGGAAGCUAUGCUUCUAAUAUAGUCACCGCAAUCCUACCAAUUAGCAGAAAUAUGAGUCUUCUAAUAAACUCUCUAUUCCAAAAAUAUUAGUCAAAACCAGUUGAGCUUUCGUCUGUGUUUCUUCUCUACACAUGGAAGAAGCUUAAUACAAAUGCUAUUGAUUAUUAUGGUGGACUGACUGAUUUCAAUAUAAAACACAAAUCCUUCAAUGUAGAUUUAUUAAAGUUUUAUUUCAACGUCACGGCUUAAAUGGCAAUUACUAAUGCAAUCAAGGGCAUUUACAUUAUGUAACAAAAAAGCUUUAAAUUGUAUUGACAAGAACUGACUGUCCUCUUGCUGCCUAUUAUAUCCCACCCAGUCGCCAUUUGUAACAAUAUAAUUAUUCACUUCACCUCUUAAUGGUUUUAAUGUUGUGGCUAAUCAGUAUAUAUAUAUAUAUAUAUAUAUAUAUAUAUAUAUUGGAUGGGGCUAUUAACAGCAACUUUUUAGUUAUUUUUAAAUUAAAAAUGUAAAUCCGUAGUAUUGAUUAAGCUGGGUGGGAUGGGGGUAACAUUAUUCUGGGCUGGUUAAUGACGAUAUCAAAGGUGACAGCAUUUCAAAUUGAAAUGUUGCAUAUCCAAAUUACAAGCACCAUGACCACUUUCAAUCACUGAAGUAUCCAUGGUGUUUAAUGGACACAGAUUCUAAAUGGAAGUUACACAUACAUCUUUAUUUGUAAACAAUGUUUUAUUUCAUUUACACAAAAGAUAAAACUAAGUUAAGUUAAAUGUUCGCAGAAACAUUGGUUUGAACUAGACUUUAAGGUUGUCUAUCAAAGAUUUAUAGAGCUUCAUGGAAUGUGUACUGCUAGGACUGCUGGCUAGGGAGACGUUCUGUAUUUCUUUAUGACUUGGCAAAUAAUGAUCACAGAAUUUGUAUUAAGUUAGUACUUAUUGCUACAUAUUAUCAUUGCAAACUCAUCACCAAAACUCAGGACGAGUCUUCUAAACAGAACCUUGAAAUCGUUUAAAGAAAAACAUUAAAAACCCCUUCUGUCACUUACCUGGGUCCAGCGCCGGUGUCCCUCGCGUCCGCCUUCACUCCUCCCCUGCCGACAUAAGCCUGGCAUUAGGAUUUCUUCAUAGGAAAGCAUCAUUCAAUGCUUUCCUAUGGGGUUUUGGGUUACACUGGAAGUCCUCAUGCAUAGCGUGAGGACGUUCAGCAUCAUUUAGGCGACCAAAAGUAACCUAAAGACUAAAGACCCGGAAGUCCCUCUAGUGACUGUCUGUUAGACAGCCAAUAGAGGAGGCGUUAACCCUAGCAGGUAAUUAUUACAGUUUUUUAAAGGGUGAUGGGACACUGCAGCCUGAUCACUUCAAUGAGUGCCUAUAGUGUCCCUUUAAGAAACACAUGUUGAUUCAUAAGAAAUGUUUUUCUACAACAGUUUAGUCUUUUAGACUCUGACUAAACGAGUCUACUUGACUCUCAGUCUCUCCCAACUCAGACCCUGAAAAUCAACUUCAGACAACAAAAACUGAAACACAAACAAAAUGGAUACAAAGUAAACCCACAGACAAAGUUAAGCCUCAGAAACACACUUCAGGUCCAGAAAAAAUGAAGUAAAAAUAUUGAGACCUAAACUUACACAUUUCCCAAAAUAUAUUCAUUAAGAAGUCGCUCACACAGUUUAGUGUUGAAUACAAUAUACUGUUUCCGUGACAAAAGCUAUUUUGCUCUAAUUAUAAUGCAGAAUGUUGAUGAAUAACAUGUCUUUUCUCUACAGCUCCUUAAUCAUUCAAUUCUAAUCACAUUCGCUGUUAACUUUUCACCUGAGUUCAAGAAUUAUCAGAUGGAAAACGCAUGGCGAAAAUUCCUUGAUGAGAUUGCUUGUGUCAUGACUAGUAAGAAUUAAAUCUCCACUAACAGGAAAUUAAAGGAGAAUAUGUAAUCCAAUGUUAAUCGAAGACCCCGGAAACGGUUACUAUGGAGAGCUAAUCUGUGUAUUCAUUGCAUAUUUCUCAUAAUAAU